GCAGCUGAAUUGGAGCCAGUCUCACAGAGAUCUGAUGAUGAUGAUUCAAGAAAUGAAAAGGUGUUUGCCUGAAGAGAAAAGGAGUUCCAGCAAGCCUAGUACCAUCAGUGCUCUCAACUAUGCCUUGCAGUGUGUCCAACAGGUCCAAGCAAACAAUGACUUUUUCCAGGCUCUGAAUGACCGAAGAGUGUUUCAGACAGAUGUGAUGACAUACAGCAUAGAAGAGUUGGUGGCAGCUGCAUCUGAACACACUCCAAAAAACACUGACACAUUUGUGGCUGUGUUUUCCUUGCUUUCUGGACGCAUAGUGCAUAUUUCUGAGCAGGCAGCAUCCAUUCUAAACUGUAAGAAGAAAGUGUUGGACUCCUCCCGGUUUGUAGAGCUGCUUGUCCCUCAGGAUGUGAGUGUGUUCUACACACACACCGAUCAGUCCCACCUGCCACUUUGGAACAUGGAAAGUCAAACAGCUUCUCUGUAUGAAUAUGCCCAGGUGAAAUCCUUUUUCUGCAGGAUCAGGGGUGGUAAAGAUCAAGAACAAGAAACACGUUGUUACCCCUUCCGAAUCACCCCGUACUUGGUCCACGUGUGUACUUCUGUCCACGUGGAUGCAGAAGCCUGCUGCUUAGCUUUGGCUGAGAAAAUUCACUCUGGAUAUGAAGCUCCUCGAAUUCCUAUGGAUAAAAGAAUCUUCACCACCACUCACACCCCUGGAUGUGUUUUUCUUGACAUAGAUGACAGAGCAGUGCCUUUGUUGGGUUACUUACCUCAAGAUUUAAUCGGAACAUCCAUACUGAUGUAUUUGCACCCAGAAGAUCGUCCUUUGAUGAUUGCUAUUCACCGGAAAAUCCUGAAAUUUGCUGGCCAACCUCCUUUUGAACAUUUACCUAUUAGAUUUUGUACUCAGAAUGGGGACUAUGUCAUACUGGAUACCAGCUGGUCCAGUUUUGUGAAUCCUUGGAGCAGGAAAGUAGUGUUCAUCAUUGGCCGACACAAAGUCCGGACAAGCCCUCUGAAUGAAGAUGUCUUUGCUGCAAGAAGUAAAGAAAUGAGCAGUGUUGAGAAAGAGAUAAGAGAAUUGCAAGGACAAAUUUACAAGCUGCUUCUGCAGCCAGUUCACAGCAAUGUUUCCAGUGGUUAUGGAAGCCUUGGAAGCAAUGGCUCUUACGAGCACUAUAUCAGCAUAGCAUCUUCAAGUGACUCCAAUGGGAAUUGUGCAGAGGAAGUACAGGAACCAAUGACAUUGCAACAAGUUUGUGCAGAUGUCAACCGAAUAAAGAAUCUGGGACAGCAGCUGUAUAUUGCGUCAAGGAGCAAGCCACAGAAUGGAAAUGAACAGGCUGUGAGUUCAGAAAUGCUAGGAGGGAAGAGGCACACUGCUUCCUGUUUUCUUCAGACAUUGAGAAGUGAUAGCACAGAAGAACCAGGCAACACAUUUUAUGAUGAUUCGAAGAAGACUCCGCGUGUUCCUUCCUAUCAGCAGAUCAAUUGUGUUGAUAGUAUCAUCAGGUAUCUAGAGAGCUGCAGUAUUCCAGCAUUGAAAAGGAAAUGUAAAUCUUCUGCAAAUACAUCAUCGUCAUCUUCAGAAGAUGACAAGCAAGUCCAGCAAAGUCAGCAGGAAGUCGAGGCAUUGGAAGAUACUGCUAUGCUUUCAGCAGUUAAUUCCCCAACUCCAAUAUCUGCUGAUCGGGAAGAGACGCUGAAAGACCAGACAACUGCAGGCAUGGUGGGAGCUCCUCUGGCAGGCCUGACCCUGUCCAACAAGGCUCCAAGUGUGGUGUCUGUCACCAGUCAGUGCAGUUACAGCAGCACUAUAGUGCAUGUCCCACACCCUGAAUCAGAAGUGACUACAAUGGAGGAUGCGACUGUUGGAAGUGAACAAAUUGAGCUGCCUCCUGUGAAUGCUCAGAGUCUCACUAUGGUGUCUGAGGACUUAAAGCCAGUUGGGCUAACAAAAGACUUGUCGGCCCACACUCAAAAGGAGGAGCAGAACUAUGUUGACAAGUUCCGCCAGAGGAUCUUGCUCUCUCCAUUUAGGACUUACUUUCAACAGAGGAGCAGAAGUAACAACGGACAUUGCUGUGGCCAAGGAGAUUCCCCUUCAAAGCAGAUGAGCCCAGCUAGCUGUAAAAAAGGCAAACAUGGAAAAUUCAAGCGCCAGAAGCCUCAGAGACAGUCGUCAGACAGCCGCUCUUCUAGUAAAAAUAGAAAUAGUCUUCCAUGUGAGAAGAGAACAAUUCAGAAACAUUCAUUCUCUCCCUCAGAAGUAUCCUCUCUGAGCUCCUCCAGUAUGAAUGUCCUUCCUCCUAUGGGAUUUCCUGUCUGUUCGGAUCCACUAUCUAGUUUUCCAGCCUCUUCUGUAGCAGAGGAGCUUCCCCUUCACCCGUUAAAACCGGAGUCCGUGUCAUCGUCGCAACUGUGCUGUGAAGCACAGUCAUGUCCAGCGCUUUAUCCCCCAAACAUAGGCACGUUUAUGGCUGUAUUUUUUCAGGGUUUCCCCAUGUAUGCUCCGAUGCCUCAAUAUGUCUUUCUUCCUAGCCCUCAGUACGUUUAUCCCCCCUCUUCAUAUCCAUGCACUACACUACCUCCAGCCCCCCCUCCUUCUGCUCCAUCACCAAUAGCACCGCGCUCUGUGGAUCAGGCCUUUCCAGCCUCUUCUGCCACAUCCAUGGAGGACCAGCAAGAGGGCCAGCGUGACCAGGCCCUACUGCUGAGUAGCUCACGGAGCAGCUCCCCACUUCAGCUGAACUUGCUUCAAGAAGAGCUGCCAAAACCUAUGGAGCUUUCCAUUAGUACUGGUGUUAAAGCACAUGCAGAAGCUAAACGUGACAACGAUCCAGAAGAUAGUGGUAACAGUGCUAGCCACUGUGCUUCUAGUGAAUUUACUGACCGCUCGCUGUACGAGGACUCCCGGUCGGGUACAGGUUCAGCAGCAUCAGGCAGGGGAUCAGCUUUAUCUGGUUCUUUAGGCUCUGGCUCCAGUGAGACUUCUGGUUGUGGCACAGGUAGUGGGAAAAGCAGCAAGUAUUUUGCCAGUAAUGAUUCUUCUGAAGCUUCCAAAGAAGAGAAGAAUCAGGAAGCAGAAGAAAAAGGGACAGCUCAUAAAUCCAAACAUGAGUCAGCCUGGGUGAUGAUGGAUCACACACCUGAGCGAGUUCUAAUGACUUACCAAAUGCCAAACAGAAUUAGAGAGGAAGUUUUAAAGGAGGAUCUGGAGAAGCUGACGGUCAUGCGGAAGCAGCAGCCUUGGUUUACGGAUGGGCAAAAGAAGGAGCUUGCAGAGGUGCAUACGUGGAUCCGGACCCAGACUGUCCCACUGCAAAUCAGCACCCAAGGCUGUGUUACAUGUGACAUGAGGGAAGCGAGCUGUGAGGCUGCAAUGGCUGAUGACAAUAUGGAAGACAAGGGAAAAUCGCCUCCGCUCCUGCAACACUGAAGACAUCAGCACUUGUGUCAGUAAAACUGCUUGGUGUAAUUCCCAUGCUCUUUUCCUCUGGCUUUGCUACAUACUAGCGGUGAAUCUGUCUGACUGUCUCUUCCCAACAUGAGCAGUCGCACAUGUGAAACUAAAUCUUCCUCCAUUACCCCUCCACUCCUGGCAUGACUUUGGAGACAGUCUUUCACUGGGAGGCUGUUUCCCAUCCUGACCUCACAGACUUGAUGCAGAAUGGGUUAUGUUUCUAACUUUUGAUUGCUCAAUGAUGAGCAAAAUACAAAGGUUUUUUGGUUUUGGGGUUGCUUGGUUGGUUUGUUUGAACUUGACAAGUAAGAGUCUGAAAAGAUGCAGUGGUUAAGAACCUACAGCGAUGAACGUAACAGAUCGAGCAUGUUUACUCUCUAAGUAAGGUAGAUGCAUUGCAACCAAGCUACAACAGAGUGCUCUUCAUUUUUGUUUGUUCAAUAUUUAAAGGUCUAGACUGAAGAUCCUAAUACUCUCAGGCUCUAAAAUCACUGUAGCUGGUUCAAGAAUCCAGUGGGCUUUUUAACGAGCAGCUGAAAACCGGCCAAGUUAUUCUGCAUCCAAACGCCUUUCGCCAGCUUGUGCCCAUCAAAAAAAUAAACUGAAGUGAAAAGAAGGAAAGCUAUUUCCUACGUUUAUCAUGAUGAGUGUUUUGGAACCAAGUUGUUUUAUAGCUUUUGCUUUUAAAGCUGUGUUUCUCAAGAUAGGUGUUUAAAAUUAAAUGAGAGUAACUGGUUUGCAAAUCCACUAAAGAUUAAAUUAUAAAUAGCAAUCAAAAAAAAUAGAAGUAACAAUUCGGGCGUUAUUUCCUUAUACAGGAUCUGCUUUUUAAUACAAGACACAUGGAAAACCUUCUCUAUCAAGGCACUAUAGCCUAGUUACCAAUUCAAGUAGCUGCAUGCAAUCUUUUAUGUUGCUGGCGCUCUGGAAGGCAGAUUUGUAUCUUAAUUUUUUUUGUUGUUGUAUUAGAGUAGUUAGAUGAGUUGAAUCCAGACAUAGCGAAUAGGAAAUUUUAAGCCGUUUCCCUGGGGUUUUUUUGUUGUGGUGAUGCCAAAACCAAAAAGAGAUUAAGCUUCAUUUCUUCUGCUUUCUUGAAAAGUCACAUGUUGUGGAGCCAAACUUGAACAUCAAACCACAUAUUCAUUAUUUCUUGUCACUGUUGACUUCCUGUACAAGUUUUAACCUCUUUCUUUAUAAUGGAGUCUCUGGCUGUUGAAAUCCAUGGAUGAAAAAUGAGUUUGUGUAUAGUGUGAGUUGUUCAGAAAGUGGUAACCACUUUCUCUUUCAGUAUGUAAAAGGACUUGUUCUCAUGUUAAUACUUCUAGCGUAAAGCUGAAUGUCUCAAAGUGCUCUUCAAGCAGGACACGCUUCACUAAAACCUAGCAAAUUUUGUCUGAUUUCCCUUUGUUUAUCAAAAGCUGGAUGUAAUCAGAUUUGCCUUGUGGUGUUGUCGAUCACCUUAGCCUUCUCAACAAAGAGUUUUAGAAUGUAACACAUUAUUCACCCUUUUGUUCUGUGUAGCUCUUCCUUUUCUGCUAUGUGAAGGAUUUUUGCUUUUUCAGUUUCAUUUGCUAGUAAGCUCCAAGUUGUUGAGUAAGUUAAAAAUACUGUGAUCUGCACAUCAUUGAAGGAAAACUGUAUUUAUCUAAAGGUUUUUGUCACUUUUUAAAAUCAAUUCAGUGACAAUCUUUGUCAUUAAAGCUCAUUUCAAGGAAAGUUAUUUUUACAGAAUUUUAAGUUUUCAAGGCUAAUUUGACUCAGGCAGUGUUCUUCUGAUUUUUUUACAGUAUGCUUGCCUGCUCUGUUUAUACCUAUUGCUUUCUAUUUAUUUUUAAGCUGCAUUUCUUUAUUUGUCUUUCAGUUUUUUCAGCUUGAACUUGUUUUUUCUUGUGUUGUAAAUCAGCAGAGGUCCACACAUCCUCAGUACUUUUUGUGUUCGAACUUUAAACGCUUCUUAAAAUAAGAGACUUCGAUAGGUGUUUACAUAUAGCAAGUUAUGUGCUCAAGUAGGAAAAUGUGGGCAAUACCUUAUACCUUUCCUAGUCUUUUUCCAGCACUUUCCAAAUGCGGUAUUCUGCUUUAUAACCACACUGCCUAAAAUAUUUGCUCUAAAACAUACAGUAAGAUGCUUUGUGUAUAGGUUCUUUUCCUAAUUGGGACGCUUCUUAACUAACUUAACUGUCAAAUUAGACUGAUGCGUAGAAUCCAUUCUAGUUAGCUGUGCUUAAAUUAAAAUGACUGCUCUAAUGUAUUUUGAGACUUAGUGAAAUAAAUUAAUUUGAAUACUCCAGGUAAGGACGGCUGUCUCUGUCAAAAUAGUUUAAAAGUGCAAGCCAGAGGGAAGGUUUAGAUAAUCAGCUCUUUUGCUGUACAUUAUUUCCACUGUUUAUUUCCUGAGUAUGAAAAUGAGAUGGUUUGCGAUGUCUUAGCAGGCAUACAUGUCAUCCAUUUUAUAAAACAGUGGGACUUAGUUUAGGAGAAUGGUAAUACGUACCUAACACUUGAAUAAUGCUUUUCAUCCGUAGGUCUGGAAGCAUGUCAAAAAGAUGCCUAUCAUUAUCCCAGUUGUAUAAAAAGAGGCAGAGACACAAAGGACUUGCACAGAUGCAUUACCCCCAGUUCAUACCAAAUCCUGGAGUAUAAUUUGGGGAUCUUCACUCACUGUAUCCUGUGCUGUCUUUGCUACAGGUGGUCAAGAUUCUGACCUGUACGUAGAAACUUGAUCAUAUUACGUGUGUUUCUUGUUUGGAGAUGUUAACCCUUCUUGUACCACCUACCACUAUGAACUUGUGCCCAGUCAGAUCAUAGAGCAACAGAAAUCCUAGACGGUUUUUGUAGUGCUGUGAACACCAUACCCUCUGACCGUAUAUAAUGAAGGUGCAUAUGCCUAGGAGUUUGAAUCCAAAGUUUGUAAUCCUGGCUAAAUCUUAGGUGCAAGAUUCCUUGUCUGGGGCUACACUAGUCCUGGGUUACGGAAAGAAUUAUGGUAUGGGAGAAGAAUAUAAGAGGAAUGAACAGGUGAAUCAGUGCCCUGUGUGACAAUGAAACUAAAUUAUUUGCCCAAAAACGCAAACGGUCUUGGCUGCAAAACCAGGUUUAGGACAAAAAACAGUUUCCUAGGCUACUGUUUACCCCACUAGAACCACAACAUCUUGCAAUCAAAUGCCUUAUCAAGCCUUUUGGGAAGGACCUCGUUUCCAUAAGUUUUCAGGAACUGGUAGUUUUUACUUCAGCUUAUAUUAAUCUUUCAGUCUUCGUAGUUUGCUGGAGUAGUGGAAGUGAGGUCCAGUUCUGAUCUGAAAGACCAAUGGAGUAAAUACUGCAGCCAGAGUUGAACAUGCUGUUUUGUUUAUGUGACUUUGUUUUGCCUGGCAUAAUUAAAAUGUUGCAGACAGUUUAGAGCUGCUUGGAAGGUCACUUUUUUUGGUGAUCAAAGGGAAAACACACAAGUACAGUAAUGAUGCAGUUACUACCCCCUGUGGGGGCAUCAGCAGUUUGGAAACCCUUGGUGGAUUUCACUGGCAAUUUUUUUUGUUGUAUUCCUAAAUAUAGAAUUAUGUUUUUAAAAGAUGAGUUGAUGUGCAAAUAUUUUCAUGGCAUUGCUAUGAACAGGAGGGACCCUAGUGUAUUUUUACAGUGCGAUAAAUAUUCGCUGAAUGAGUAACGUAUUGGUAAGUUUAUCUUCCAGCUGAAUCAAGUUUUGAGUCACAGUCAAAUGAAUUUUUACAUCAGUUGAUAGGAAUAUUUUAUUGAAAUAAUAUUCAGCUGUGGUUGAAUUUACAGUUGGGAUUUUAACUGUACACUUUAAAGGAGCUUCUGUUUUUAUAAAUAAAAUGGAAAAAUAUGC